AUAUAAUAUAAGUACAUGUUUACAUCAUUUCCCACAGACGAACGGCAUUACUUUUCCGUAUUCUUUUGGUUACCCAAAAAGUCGUUGAAAAAAGUGGAGUAGAGGCAGAAGAAAAAGCAGUUUUCGAGAAUUUUUCGAGAGAGUGCACAAAAUUCGGGCAUGGAAGGAGGUGCACAGUAUAAUCCCCGCACUGUCGAGGAAGUUUUUGGAGACUUAAAAGGCCGUCGUGCCGGGUUGAUCAAAGCCCUUACCACUGAUGUUGAGGAAUUUUAUCAGCAGUGUGACCCUGAAAAGGAAAAUCUUUGCCUUUAUGGAUUUCCAAGCGAGCAAUGGGAAGUCAAUUUGCCAGCUGAGGAGGUGCCUCCUGAGCUUCCAGAGCCAGCACUAGGUAUAAACUUUGCCAGAGAUGGGAUGCAGCAAAAGGACUGGUUGGCCCUAGUUGCGGUUCACAGUGAUGCAUGGUUACUCUCUGUUGCUUUUUAUUUUGGUGCCAGAUUUGGCUUUGACAAAGCUGAUAGGAAACGCCUGUUCAAUAUGAUAAAUGACCUGCCAACCAUUUAUGAAAUUGUCACUGGAGCUGCCAAGAAGCAAGUAAAAGAUAGAUCAUCAGUCUCUAAUCAUAGCAGCAACAAAUCCAAGUUAAACACUAAAGUGGGUAAAUACACAAAGGUUGAAGUAAAAGAUGAGGAAGAUGGAUUAGAUGAAGAGGAGGAAGAGCAUGGCGAUACCCUAUGUGGGGCAUGUGGUGAGAACUAUGCUUCAGAUGAAUUCUGGAUUUGUUGCGACUUAUGUGAGAGGUGGUUCCACGGGAAGUGCGUGAAGAUCACACCUGCCAAAGCUGAGCAUAUAAAGCAGUACAAAUGCCCAUCAUGCAGCAACAAGAGGCCACGCCCGUGACGUCCUGUUGUAUUUGCUGAGUUCCACAGUUGUAUUUGUCUCAUAUUGAACUCAGCACACUGCCAUAUUACGUACAUCAGCAUGUGGCAUAUUCACUCAAAAUUUCUGGUCCUUGCUCUUUGUUUUCUGGAUUAUCUACUAGGUAAAAUUGCUAGGUGCUCCUCCAUUUGACUCUAAAUUUGGACAACAUAGAGGUCUUCUUUUAGGAAAACAUUUUCCUGUGAUUAAUGCUAACUUGUGUAAAAUUUAGCUGGAGGAGUCAGGUAUAAUUUAGUUGUUGAACUAUUUGGACCCUGAUGUUUAACUGAGAGUUGUGUUAGUCUUGGAUUGAAUGAUUCUUUAUGAGCG